UACACAAAAACAAUGACCUUGAAGUUCUUCCUCUGUUUCCAUUAUGGGGAGACGCCGAUGGAGUCCUUCCAUCGCUUCGCACAUUAAUACUCCGCCUCCGCCGGGGACCUAAAAUACCGUACCGGUUGACCCCAAUCCAACUCCCGUCUCUUCCUAAUUUUCGGUGCUGCCCUCGCGGAAAUCCCCUCAUUUGUUACCGAUGGCAUGUGGGAACUCGAGACACUGGUUUUAUGUGCACCUAAGUUAUCGCCAAUCAAUUCUCCCCUCCGAGCUCCAAAAUUACGGAGAAUCAAGAUUGAUUAUCGCACUUUCAAACUCCUUCGAUCGGUAGACUGGACUAUUCUGCCCCUUGAGCACCUCUCGUCUUUUGAGAUUGUGGGCACCAGCCCCUGGUGUUGGGGCCUGGAGGACGCGAGGUUGCUGGAUAACUUCUUGAUUUACGCAUAUUUCCCGUCACUCAAGAACCUCCUCGUCCCCAAUGCGACAUUUUGUUAUCAUCCCUCCAGCUUAGUUUCAUUCUUGGAGAGGCACGUGGAUCUUUCGCGGUUCAGCAUGGGCGGCUACGAGGAACCUGACCAUUCUGUCGCUCGUUUGAGAACGGACUCCCUCAUUCAGUCGCCCUUAAUGUCCAACUCGUCACCUUUGAGGACAUGUGUUUUCCCUUCACUACCCGCACGACGGCUAUCCUUUUGGGGGUUUUCGAGGCAUUGAUGGAAAGGAUGCAGGAAGGUGCGCAUAACGCAUCGGAUGCCUCUCUGAAUGCCCUACAUGUUAAUGCCGAUACAGGAGGCGAAGCACCGCUCAAGAUGACUAUAGUAACGGCCCCUCCGAUAGACCCCAACUCCACGAAUUCUGUGCCCCUUCGUUUGACUGGUCUGGCCAUCAAAUACCCUUCCAAUUUAAUUGUCAAGGUGGAAGUUCCUGAAUCUCGCAUUCCACCGUGAAUGUCUUCCACCGUUUCUGAGUGUUUCAUGUUUUGAUACCAAUCACACCCAGGUGAAUG